AUGAAAUAUAAUAUAUUUUUUUUUUGUGUGCUAAUAAUCACAUUAUUUGAUGCUAUAAGAGCUUUAAUAAGAAAUACAUAUAAUUCUCAAGCUUUAACAGCUGACCAAAAUAAUGAUCAAAACUAUAUCCAAGAUAACCAAAAUACAAAUCAAAAAAAUACCCCCAAUAAUGAAGAUGCGUGCGAAAUCCAGAAGAUGGCCGAGGAAAUGAUUGAAAAAUUAUUGAAUGAAAAAGAUUUAUUUACUUCAAUAAUGGAAGCACUACAAAGUAGAUUGAAUGAUGAUAAUAUAUGUACAGAACAAAAAUUUACAAACAUUUGUAUACAUGAGAAAGACCAAAAGGAUUUAAUAUUUCCGUGUUCUAGUAGUAAAUAUGAGGCAUUAAUACAUAAAUUUACAUAUAGAAAAUUAUGCCAUUCUAAAAUAGCUUUUAGUAACAUAUUAUUGAAAUCUUUCAUUGAAAAAAAUGAAUCAGAAAAUACUUUUAGCACUAUAUUAAAACAUUAUAAUGUUUUAUUAAAAUGUGUCGAUAAUGAUUUAAAGGAAAUUUAUAAAUCAUCUAUUCAAUUGUUUAACGAUUUAAGAGCUUCUGUUGUAGAUUUGACAGAAAAGUUGUGGUCUAGAAAAAUUAUUGAUGUUUUAAAAAAAAGAGAGCAUUUAAUUGCAGGGAUUUUUUGUGAAUUAAGAAACGGUACUAAAUCAAACUUGGUAUCAAAUAGUUUAGAAUUUGAAAAUUUUGGAAUUUUAAAAAUUAAUAAUGAAGAUAUUUUAAAUGAAGCAUUUUAUGCAUUUUCCGAAUAUUAUUAUUAUUUCCCAUAUUUUGCAACUAAAUUAUUGGAAAAAGGUGGAAUGAUUGAAAGAUUAAUCAUUAUACAUGAACAAUUAACUAAUUAUAGAACUCAACAUAUAUUAACAAGAAUAAAUGAGCAAUCUAAAACUGAGGUCUUAAAUAAUGAAGACGUUCUUCAUAAUUUAAGUAGUUACAAACAUCAUCAUUCAAACAAUAACAGUUCAUUUUCCCAAUUUAAAGAGAUACAAGAAAUUAAUUCAGAGCCUAAUGACAAUACAAAUACAGACCCAAAUUCAAAUCAAAAUACAAAUACAAAUUCAAACACAAAUACAAAUAUAAAUACAAAUCAAUCUAAAAAUUCCAAUACUAAUCAAUCCGAAAAUCAAAACAUGAAUCAGAUAGAAAAUCCGGGUAUAAAUAAUAAUGAAAAAUCAAAUACAAAUAAUAGCGUAGUAAUUACAAAAUCGCAGGAAUCAAAACAUGCACCAAAAAAUAUUAACAAUACAAAACCUCAAGGUAAUGUAUUAAACAAUCCCUUAUAUUCUAUAAGUUCACUUAAAUCAAAAAAUAUUGUAGACCUAAUAAAAGAUUUAAUAAAAGAUACAAAUAUUGUUAAAUUUGAAAAUAAUGAACCAACUAAUAAUAUAGAUGAAGAAGGGAUUAAGAAACUUAUAGAAAACUCAUUUCUUGAUUUGAAUGACAAUACUAUGCUAGUUCGUUUAUUAAUAAAACCUCAAGCAGUAAUUUUGUCUGUAAUUCAAUCUUUUAUAUUAAUGACACCAUCCCCAGAAAGAGAUGCCAGAACAUACUGCAAAAAAAAAUUAGUUAAUGAUGAAUUAGUUGAUAGUGCUGAUAUAAAAGAUGUAUCAGAAGAAGAAGAUCUAGUUAAUAAGUUUGCUAGUAAAUACAACUUAGUUUAUGAAAAAAUAAAACUAGAAGAAUUAAGAGAAAUCGAACAAAGUAAAAAAACAAUUAAAAAUUCAAAGACGCAUUUAUCAGCAAUACAAGUACAAAAUUUGCAAAAUAAAAAUGAUAGAAGUUCAGCAUCUAAUAAACAUAGUUCUAGUAGCAACGCUCCUUUAAUUGCUGUAGUACGUGAUCCAAAUGGAGAAAAGACAGAUGAUAUAAUAAAUAAUAAUGUAGACUUACACUCCUUGUCUGGAGAUGUAGAUCUAACUUUUCAAGACCCAAAUAAAAAGAGUGGAACCUUAUAUAUAAUGUUUUCUAAUAUAUUAUUUCUUUUAUUUUUUUUUUUCUAUUUCAUUUAA